AUGUUCAGAGAGUUCUCCAAAGAGCGAGAGAAGGCGAAGGCUCGCGGAGACUUCCAGAAGCUGCGGGAAAAGCAGCAACUGGAGGAAGACCUGAAGGGAUACCUGGACUGGAUCACACAGGCUGAGGACAUCGACCCAGAAGGGGAGGAGGAGGGGGAGGAGGCGGGCAAGAGGAGCAACACGCGUGAUGAGCACCCGCCAGACACGCGUGAUGAGCACCCGCCAGACACGCGUGAUGAGCACCCGCCAGACACGCGUGAUGAGCACCCGCCAGACACGCGUGAUGAGCACCCGCCAGACACGCGUGAUGAGCACCCGCCAGACACGCGUGAUGAGCACCCGCCAGACACGCGUGAUGAGCACAACGCCAGACACGCGUGA